GACAGUGGAAGGGAGAGGUUGUGUCUCUCGCUGCUCUGAGAAGUUCGCCUCGGCGCUCUGAGACCGCGUGUUGUGUACUUUUAAGAACUUUUGAAAAAUUUUCCUUUGUGAAGUGCGAGGUGUUUCUUGCGUGUAAUGUUGCUCGGAAAGUGAUACUUGAGGAGUAUAUUAAGAAAUUAUUUGAAGUUUAAGAGAGAAGUGAAACUUUAAAAAGUAUCCAAGGACAUUGCAAAACGACAAGCUUGCAAUACCUCCGUGAUAUUGCAGGAUAUUGCAAAACUGCAACUGAGAUGUCUUUGAAGUUAUUAAGAACGUGAUUGAAUAGUAUUUUAAACAUCCAUUUGGAAUGUUCAUUCGGGGUAAAAUGUCCCCCAGAAACCGGCAGUGAGGAGAUAGUGAGAAAGACCAAAGAAAGGCAAGAAAAGGUGGAAAGGAAAGGAGAGAAGAGAAAUAAAAGUGAUAAUAAUAAGUGAAGAGAAGAAGAGUUUCUCGUGUCUUAGAUGGUGGUUGGGACGUGACCUGGCAGCCAGAAUGGACCCUCCGGUGCUGCUCCCGCUGGUGUUCCUCGCCCUCGCGCCCUUGGCCGCUUGCCUCCAGACAGGUCGCUGCGACGCCGCCCUCGGAAUGGAGUCUGGCGCCAUCCCCGACGAACACAUCUCGGCGUCUCCUCUACUCGACGCCGCCGUCAACGCCAUCUAUGGGAGGGCGCACGUGGAGGCGGGCGGCGGCGCGUGGUGCCCCCGGGACAUGGUGUACAACGAGGGCAAAGAGUUCCUGGAGGUGAACCUGGGCGGCCUGCACGUGGUGGCCAAGGUGGAGGUGCAGGGGCGCUUCGGCAACGGCCAGGGGCGCGAGUUCGCGCGCCAGUACAAGCUGCAGUUCUGGCGGCCCGGACUCGCCCACUGGGUCACCUACGCGGACGGGCGCGGCAACGAGCUGCUGGAGGGCAACACCAACACGUACCUGGCGCAGUCGUCGCAGCUGACGCCGCCCAUCGUCGCGGCGCGCGUGCGCUUCGUGCCGUACAGCGACCACCCGCGCACCGUCUGCAUGCGCGUCGAGGUCUACGGAUGCCCUUACACAGACGGGCUGCUGUCGUACUCGAUGCCCGACGGCGACCCGCGCGGCGGCGACGGCGCGCUGCGCGACCUGACCUACGACGGCGCGCGCAAGGACGGCUGGCUCUCGGGCGGCCUCGGCCAGCUCACCGACGGCGAGACCGGACACACCAACUUCCGCGUCGACGCCCUCGGCAGGGGCAGAGGCUACGAGUGGAUCGGCUGGAAGAACGACACGCGGCAGACGCGGCCCGUCGAGAUCACGUUCGAGUUCGACUCCGUCAGGAACUUCUCGGCCGUCCACAUCUACACCAACAACUUCUUCACCAAGGACACGCAGGUGUUCUCGCGCGCGCGCGUGCUGUUCAGCGCGGGCGGCGAGCACUUCCCCGCGGCGCGCGCCGUCGAGUACGAGUACGUGGUGGACCGCAUCUUCGAGAACGCGCGCAACGUCACCAUCCGCCUGCGCAACUCCGCCGCCAAGUUCGUGAAGCUGCAGCUGUUCUUCGCGCUGCGCUGGAUCAUGAUCUCCGAGGUCGCCUUCGACUCGGUUCCCUGCCGCUGCAACAUGACGCCCGAGGAGCCGCCGGCGCCGCCCACCACGCCGCGCGCCGAGGACGAGGGCGCGGUGAAGGCGCGCGCGCCCGUCGUGCCGGCCCAGAGCACGUCGUCGCUGCUGCUGCUCGUCGGCCUCGUCGUGCUGGGCGCCGUCUUCGUCAUGAUCCCCAUCGCGCUCGGCGUCCUCUACUACCGCACGCGGCUGGCGCGCAAGACCAAGAAGAAGUCGCCGCCGGCGUCCGAGAACGGCGUCGACGCCCGCAAGGUGUCCAUGAAGAUGAAGGACCUGCACAUCAACGUGAACCUGACGCCCAUGACCAACGGCUACUCGCGCGCCAAGGGCAAGCUGUACGGCCAGGUGGCGCUGGACGAGGAGGCGGCGGCCAUGUACCAGGAGCCGUUCAAGGGCCCCGUGCACAACCCCGGCUACCACACGCUGGGCCACUCGGCCUCCGAGACGCCGCUCAAGUGCCCGCUGCCGCUCGACACCGACGACUCCGUGGACUACGCCGUGCCCGACGUCAACAUGACGCCGCCGCCGCCCUUCUCCGAGGUGUACUCGCCGCCGCCGCCCGUGCCGCUCACGCGCCCGCCCCCCACGCUGCCCACCGCGCGCUCCACGCAGCGGGACGGCGGCGUGGCUCCCCCGAUCCCGCCCAUCCCGCCCCCGCCCAAGCAGGAGUACUACGCCGCCCCUCACAUGUGCCAGUCGUCCGUGAUCCAGGGCGUCACAGGGACCGUGAUCUACGCCGCCGCCGACGCGACCAACCUGGCGAAGGAACGGUCCGUGCCCGAGGUGCCCAGAAGCCACAUCCGUGUCUUGGAGACGCUCGGCGAAGGAGUUUUCGGUGUCGUGCAGCUGUGCGAGGUCAAGUGCCCCCCCGGCCUGGGGUCGAGGAAGGUCGCGGUCAAAUGCCUGAAGCCCGGAGCGAGCGAGGAGACGAAGGAGGACUUCCGGCAGGAGUCCAGGAUCCUUAGCCGGAUCGACGACCCGAACAUCGUCCGGCUGCUGGGGAUCGUCAGCAGCUCGGAGCCGCUGUGCAUGCUGCUCGAGUACAUGGACUACGGCGACCUGUACCAGUUCCUGCGCAGGCACGUCGCCGAGGGGAUCGCGGCGCCCACGCCCACGGCUCGCAGCCACAUGGAGCCCCGAGUCCUCAGCUACGGCGCCCUCGUCUACAUCGCCUCCCAGGUCGCCUCGGGCAUGAAGCACCUAGAGAGCCUGAACUUCGUGCACCGCGACCUGGCGACGCGCAACUGCCUGGUGGGCGGCGGCCUCUGCGUCAAGAUCUCGGACUUCGGCAUGAGUCGGCCGCUCUACUCCAGCGACUACUACCGUCUGAGCGACUCGCGCGCGCUGCUGCCCAUCCGCUGGAUGGCGUGGGAGGCCAUCCUGCAGGGGCGCUUCUCCACCAAGAGCGACGUGUGGGCCUUCGGCGUGACGCUCUGGGAGAUCCUGACGAUGGCGCGGCAGCAGCCCUUCGACGAGCUCAGCGACGACGGCGUCCUGGAGAACGUGUCCCACUGUUACCAUGGCGACGGCUCCGGCAUGAUGCUGCUGCCGCAGCCGCCGCUCUGCCCGCGCGAGAUGUACGACAUGAUGGCCGCCUGCUGGAGGCCCAACCCCCGCCAGCGGCCGCCCUUCUGGGAGGUCCUCAUGUUCCUGCAGCGCAAGAACCUCGGCUACACGCUGGACUACGUCGAUUAAACUGCAUUAUGAGCACAAGGCACCCUAAUGCCCUCGCCAGUAACGUCGGCCGGCCCGGAGGAAAGGCUUCCUCACCCUGGGCUGCGUCCGUAGCGGCCGGGGCAGAACGCUCUCCGGAACGAGUGUUGCUUCAAAGUAAUUCUGAAGAAAAGGAUAAUAUUCUUGCCUUAGAAUUUUAACGCGGUUUUUCUUGCAGCCGAAUCAGUUCAUGAAAAAUGGUUGUAGAAGGUUGACCGUAAUCCCAUUCACGGCGGCGACGAAGCGACGCCCGCGUGCCAGUGUAUUCCUCUAGAAGGCAAACCUGACGUGAUAAGAAAAACACGAGCCAUGUAAAAAAAAAAGAAAGAAAAGAAAAGAAGAAAAAAUGCUGAAACAUGCUACCCUUACUUUCGUAUAUUGAGAUGCAAAUAUGGACAUAUAAGUGGCAAGAUAGAGUGGUCGCUGCAGCUGGACCUUAGAGGGAAAUGGUACAUGUGUAAGGAGAUGCAGACAGACGUCAAAAGGUCUUCAGUGACGUAUUUAGGACGACCUUUAGUGCCGAAGAUUUCCUUUUAGAGGUUGUGUUAGAGGGUUUCAAUAGGGUUGUAAUCUAAUGUAAAUUCUACAUAACAUUCAACCUGGUUGGGAGGAGCCAAAUCCUUCAAAUGUAUAUAGUUGUGUAAAAUUCUGUAUAUGUAGUUGAUAUGUACAUAAUUGUGAAAUACGAAUCAUAAUGCCUUUGUAGUGGACAGCACUGCGUGUGUAGGAAACCCAGCUAGGUGACAAACCCAGUAAAUUCCUUUAUACUGUAAAGAAACGGCGUUCAUUUAUGAACGCCCCCCUCAUUUAUGAAAUACUGUAUGUACUUGUGGAAAUAUAUAGAUAUACUAGUCUCCUUAAUAAAUCGCAGAUGAUAUAAGUAAAGGCUUCGGUGUGGACUCGAUACGUCAAAGCAUUUCCACAUCUCGACCUUCAGUCUCUCUGAUGACAUAACGUAACAUAAUAGAACAAGCAGCGGCGAGCCCUGCCACCUGUUAUCCUCCGAGACAACGUGAUAAUCACAUUUUGCAUAUUUGUCUCCAGAAUGUCCCUUUGUGUUGCAAAUCAACGCUUUCUGUUCGACUCCCGGAGCGAAAAAAGCAAAGCAGUUAACCAAAGCUUAAACGAGAAUGACAAGGCACUGUGGCGUGAACACCGGCAGUCGUUCUCAUAAGAUAUAACAGGAACCUAAGAGAAUGGCAUUGUGUAGGAUGGUUUAAGUGGCAUCCACAAUUCUUCUAUCUCUGCUGUACAUUAUUCCACAGGAAGAAAUACACCUGUCUCAUAUUACACGUGAAAUCUACACUCUACACACACUCUUGGUAGCUCUGUUACCGUUUCUUGUUCGCAUUAUUGUGAAAAUAUGUAUUGUACAUUAUUAUAUAUUUAUGGUAUAUAUAUAUAUUACGUGUGAUCUACCAGAUUCUAUUUAUUUUUCUCUAUGUCUGUACAUAAAUGAUAAGUGGCUGUAGAAUGUGAUAAAAAUGACAAGAGAGAGCGAAGAGCCCAAUACAACAUAUCAUCCAUGUUUUCCAAGAAAACCUUCUAUUGAUGUAUCUGUA